UAUCACGAUCAUCACUGAACAGUGAACAUCAACAAAACUGCGGUUUUUUCGUUGCACGAAAUCCACAAUUUAUUUACAUUUAUAUAUUUUAGUCUGGGUUCAAAUGCCGCAAUGAAAGUUAGCUAAUCGGGCGGGCUUUAUCUUUUUUAAUGUUAUUUGAGAAAAAGAAAAAAUGAGCAACCUUUUAGUUUACAAAACAUUGUUAAUAAAAUUCGCUUUUUCUUCGUUACUAAUUUUUAUGCACUUUUUGUAUGCGUUAUAUUCGUGGCUUAUCGACCAGACGAUAUUCAAACAGCCUGAUCCUUGGCAGAAUCGUUCCGUCAACGCAUACAAAAAAUAUCAGUUGAAAAAAUUGCCCAACCAUCUUGUAGUUUCUGUGUGCCAGGAAGAGGUGUUCUACGAAUACUUGGCCAAGUUGUUGGCCUGGGCGUUGUUCCUAGAAGUACCUGUCGUUAGUUUCUACCAUAAUGAAAACGGUAUAUCUCCAGAAGAAUUAUUUUAUGCAUUUAGAGAUCAAUACAGUAGUUUAUUGACAAAAGUCAAUUGGGGAUUAGAGUUCAAUGAUAACAUAAAAUUUGAAUCAAAAAAAUUUAUUAACGGAUAUAAAUGGGAACCAAGAAUUGAAGUCAACAUACUGACAUCUAAGCAUUCUAAAUUACAAUUAGUAAAUGCUUUGCGAACUGUGUGCAGCACAAAAGAAGAAUUCUCGGACACUUUAGUCGAGUUUGCAAUUAAUAAAACAUUCCCUAUGGUUGAACCUGAUUUGGUUGUAAUCUGUGGCAAGUCAUGUACAACAUUUGGUUUAUUACCUUGGCACACCCGUGUCACUGAAUUUUUAACAUUGAAAACACAUUAUAAUGUUACAUUUUUAAAGUUUUAUAAAUUAUUGGAACAAUACAGCAAAAAUGAACAAAGAUUUGGAAAAUAAAAAUUUUAUUAGAUUAUGAUAACUACAUUUAAGUGUAAAUAAAAGUUUAUAUUGUUCGUCAAUUGUUUAAACAUUGUUAUUAAAUGAAUAUUUGUUUCCUAAUAAAUUAUUUAUUCAAAUUAAAUCAAAUGUAUGUUCAAAAAUAUUUUUAGAUAUUAUUGAAUAAGUUGGUGUUAAACAAAAAGCUUAAGAGGAUGCUACCCAUGCUUUGUUAUCUGAUAUCUCCAUCUUACACACGUCCGACAUGGCAUAAUUUCUUUCACUAGUUUCAAUAGUGUGCUGUUAAUUUUGAUAUUAGAGUGAAUUGACCAAUUAUAUAAGUUUUAGAUAAUUACAUUAUCUGUGCUUAAGCGUUGGCUUCUAUUCUAUAGUAUAAUUUUCAAGCGAGAUAUAAGCAUUUUUAAUUUGUGAUAUUUCACUGUAUACUUGCUCAUAGUAUGCUUGAAAAAAUUGAAAAAUCGCCAAUGCUUAAGCACAGAUAAUGUUCUUACUUAUGAGUUUGAUAAUAAGUCAAUUUAGUCUAAUAUCAAAAUUAACAGCACACUAUUGAAACUAGUGAACGAAAUUUUCCUAUGAUGGGUGUGGGUAAGACGAGACAACAGAUGCAUGGGUAGCGUCCUCUUAAAUGUUUAUUAUAAACUGUACUGAAAUAAUUUUAUUUAUAAUCACAUCUUAACUUUUAUGUAUAAUAUGUAAAUCCAUGAAUUCCAUUACUCCAAUUCGUUGAUAUGAAUUUUGCAAUUCUGAUUAUAAAGACUUAAGAAUAAAAACAUACUGCAUUUUUA